UUAUUUAAUUUAUUCUAAAAACAACAACAACAACAAGAAAAACAUGGUUUGGAUAAAACCGGAAUAUUUAUUGUUUGGUCAAACAUUUUGGCAGAACGAACGCUCAAAUAAAUAUUUUAUUUUACAAAAACGGAAAGGACAUGAUACUGGCAGUCCUUGUACAACAACCGAAUUAAUUGAUGGACAACACGAUCGACAGAAGACAGGGUCAGUAUCUACAAGAAAUACUUCAACUAGUUCUGAUGGAAAUCAGUCAAGUUUGGGGGCUCUAUUCGUUUCUACAUUCGAUGCAAUAUUUGACACGCGUCCACCUCCGUAUAGAAUUCUUUAUCAACGGGAUUUGGAAGAUGGGCAGAUUGCUUAUAUUAUUGCUGUAGCUGUUGAUUGGGAAGAAAUAAUAAAAGACUGGGAUGUUUUGGAACAAACAAUUAUGCCUGUUUUAAACGCUCUAGAAGACAAUGAAGAAGAAUUGGCUAAAUUUGUAUUAAGCAAAAUUGAGGGUUUAUUGGCUUCUAAAAAUGAAGAAAUUGAUAAAAAUAAAAAGGAGGAGAAUAAUUUGGAUAAAAAUGAAGUAAAAAAGGAAGAAAGUAAAUUGUUGAUGUCUUCUUUGGAUGAUAAGGAUGAGGAGGAAGACGAAUUGGAACAAGUUACAAAUGCAGCAAUUCUUCGAAAAUUUCAAAAACUUUUUGAAAUGUCGGCAGAUGAGAAGCUUGUUAAUUAUUAUUCCUGUAGUUAUUGGAAAGGAAACAAGCCAUUUCAAGGCAAAUUAUAUUUAUCUGUCAAUUUUCUAUGUUUUUAUUCUUUUAUUGUUGGAAAUGAAUUAAUUGUUAAAUUGAGAUGGACAGAUGUUUUGAAAAUGUCUCACAACAAUUCUAUGCUAUCCAGAAGUCUUAAUGUUGUAACUAAAGAUGGAAGGAAACAUGUUUUUUCUGUGUUUAUAAACUUUGCUGAUGCUUAUAAACAUGCUUCACAACUUGCCAACUUUGCAAUGAAACAACUUAUAGAGGAGGAAGGUUUCUAUGAAGAUCCAUCACUUCGCAGCAAAUAUUUACAAGCGCCAACAAGGAAGCGUUCACAAAAAUGUAGUAGUGUUACUUUUGUAAAAAAGGAUUUGGAAGCAAAACAAAGGACAGACGCUUACAGGUGUGGUGAAUUUUUAAAAAAAAAUUUUAUAUUUUUAUUUAUUGGGGAAUAUUGUUCUAAUAAUUAG